AUGGAUUUAAUAAAAACAAGUGGUUUUGAAUAAUCUUAAGAUUAAAUUGAAGAUCUCCCUGAAAAUUUAUGGUCAUAUAUAAACUUUAAUUCAAUAUACCGUCAGCAUGAUUACUACGAAGCACAAUUUUGUAAAUAUACAAAUCGUAAUAAUUCAUGGAAAUCAGCUUUGUUUUUAGAAUAAAAUAUUCUUUUAGACUUAAAUCAAUUAACAAAUGUAAAAUAAAUUGAGAUUGAAGAUUUUAAGUACGGUUGUGAAAUGUCUAUUUCCAUAUCUUAAGAUUAAACAGGACCAUAUAUAGAUAUUUAUACUAAGAAGUAUUUUUGUAGAGCUACUAAUAAAAAUAUUAGUAUUUCUAAUUUACCUUUUGGUAUUAUUUCUGAAGAAAUAAUUAAAUUAUUAGGAGUUGAUUAUUUUAAAUUAAUGGUUACAGGACCUUAGAGAUUAUUCUAUAUUUGA